AUGAUAAACUUUCUCAUAAAUGUAUUAGCAUAUAUGAGGUUAAAUAAUAUUGAAAUCUUGACUUGUUAAUAUUUAAAAAAUGCUUGAUUAAAAAUGAUAAGUAUUUUAAACAUCAAUGUUUAUAAGAAUGGGAAUUCUAAAUUCAUUACUGUAAUCUACUGCAGAUAAUUUAUUUAAUUUUAUAUAUAUAUUUUUAAAUUAUAUGGGUAUAUGUAGUCAUUUUACUUAUUCUUUGGGAAUAUCUUUGGUAAAAUUUCAAAUCAUCUUGGCCACUUUGAUUUAAUUAUAAAAUAUUAAUUUAUAAAUUAACCUCUGUUUUUGAAUAUAAUUAUACCAGACUUAUAUUCAUAUAAAAUGUGAUAUUAUACUACUAAAUAAAUUGAUUAAUUCUCCUUUAUACUUUAAAAAGCGGAUAUUUUUCUACCUACUUUAAAAUAUAUAUCUUACUUUAUAUUAAAUUCUGAUUGCAUUAUAUUAAGAAAAAAUGAAUCUAUUUUGAUUCUUCUUUCAAGAAUGCAAAGAAACAAAUAUAUUUUUCUAAUUUUCCAAGACUUAAAAACUAAAAUGCCUUGUUAUUAAGUUCUCAUAUUGGAUGUAAAAGAUUAUCUAUUUAUCAUUUUGGAAUACCUAAUACUAUUCACAAAAAGAAAUUAAAAAUAUUGA